AUGCGCAUGCUCUUCCUCGUGCUCGCCGCGCGCUCGGGAGCCGGAGUGGCGGGGUCGGAGCUGCUGCAAUGGCGCGAGUGGCCGCGAGGGGUCGUGCUGGGGCUCUCCAGAGGGCGAGACCACUACGCGGUGCUCGCGGCGGCGCACGGGGCAGCUUCAGCUGAAACAGAGCCUCAGCAGCGCCUUCAGGCAGUGCAGCACAACGCCAGUGGCCUCUCUGGAGCUGUGCGGCGGCUGGCGGGCCUGUGCGACGGCGCCGAUCCGUGGGCUCGGGACGCGCAGUCGGCUCGCGUGCCGGUUGCCGAGUCAGCCUGGCUGGCGAGAAGCGCCAAGGCCUUCCCUGCAUUCUGGGCGCUGCCCAGAAGUGCGCAGUACCUUUGCUGCGCCGACGGGCGGCCUCGAUGCGGAUUGCCGCGAGUGGCGUGGGAGCCUCCAGUGGCGCGGUCGUUCACCGGCGCCGCCGCGAUCGCCGAGGCGCUGCGCGGGAACGCGGUGCUCACCGACCUCAACCUCGACUCCAACCAGAUCCGCGACGAGGGCGCCGCUGCGAUCGCCGAGGCGCUGCGCGGCAACGCGGCGCUGACCAAGCUCGUGCUCUGGGACAACAACUUGGGCGACGAGGGGGAGGGAGUGAUUCGGGAUGCGGCGAGCGGGCGGUUCGAACUCAAGAUGUGA